AAAGCAUAGCCUCCAGAACUCUGUCGGUUCAUUUGAUCGGAUAACAUUCGUUUGGAGUUUUCCCCGAUCAUGACUCGGGCUUCUUUUCCCGUGUUUGUGUUGCUGGUGUUUGCGCUUCAAGCUCUUGCUGUAGAGAGUCACAACUCUGGAUACAGUUUGGUAAGAAAAAGAAGAGAAUGGGUUCUUCCUCCAAAACUUCUUACGGAAAAUGUAGAUUACACUAAAGAGAAGUUGAUUGCUAAGAUUCGAUCCGAUUUUCAAGUUGGCUCAAAUCUUCGCUACUCCCUGGAAGGUGUUGGGGCAAACCAAUAUCCUUUCCAUGUCUUUGUGGUUGACGCCAAUACUGGUGAUGUUAGUGUCACUAAACUGCUCGACAGGGAAGAGAUCGAUACUUACAACUUGUCUGGUGUUGCUGUGUACAAUAAUGGCACAAUUGCAGAAAAAAAAAUUGACUUACGAAUCAAGGUUGUAGAUGUGAAUGACAACUCUCCAGUAUUUCCAGAUGUUGAUCCUGCUGACGUGGAUGAACUCAGUCCUAAAGAUACCUUUGUUACGACAGUCGAUGCAUUUGACGCUGAUGAACCAGGAAAUGCCAAUUCUCAGAUUGCUUAUAGCAUCAUAGCUCAGAAUCCAGCACAUGAUAUGUUCUACAUAGACAGAAGAGAUGGAUCCAUCUUUGUUAAAAGGCCUGUUCUGGACAGAGAGACAUGUAGUAAGUACAUUCUGACGAUACAAGGUCAAGAUCUAAAUGGUGACCCCCGUGGAAACACUGGAACUACCACUAUUAUCAUAAAUGUCCUUGAUGUGAAUGAUAAUUCUCCCACACUGGAAAAAGAUCAGUAUGAAGGAAGCAUUGAGGAGAACACACAAGGUGUGGAGGUAAUGAGAAUCAAAGCAGAGGACAUGGAUCUACAAGGCACAGACAACUGGGAAGCUGUGUUUGAUAUUGUCAAAGGCAAUGAGGCUGGGUAUUUCAGCAUUAAAACAGACCCCAACACCAAUGAAGGCAUCUUAAUGCUUGACAAGGCUGUGGAUUAUGAGGAUGUAAAGAACCUUGAACUAGGCUUAGCCGUCAGGAACAAGAAUCCAUUUGUUGGAAGUGGAGGUGGUGGAGCAAGUGCAGCAUUUGGAGCAAGUGGAGGAAGUGGUGGAGGUGGUGGUGGUGGUAGUGGUGGAGGCGGUGAAAGAUUUAAAACUUAUCCUAUCAAAAUCAAUGUGAAGAACCAGCCUGAGGGGCCACGUUUCAAUCCUAAAGUCAAAGCUAUUCCCGUCUCAGAGGGAGGGAAAUCCUUUAACAUUAAAAAUGUUAUUGCAAGCUACCCUGCAGUGGACGGGGAUACUGGACAACCAGCUAAGGCAGUCAAAUAUGCCAAAGGCUCAGACCCUGACAACUGGCUAACUAUUGACCCAGAGACAGCUGAGAUCAAACUGAACAAGAUGCCUGACAGGGAAUCUCCAUACCUGGUCAAUGGGACAUAUACUGCCAAAAUACUCUGCAUUUCAGAUGACAUGCCUGGCAAAACAGCCACUGGUACAAUAGCCAUCCAAGUGGAAGAUUCUAAUGACCACUGCCCCACCCUGACCAGCAACUUCCAGACUCUGUGCACCACAGCAAAUGCUGUAAUUGUGAAUGCUAAUGAUAAAGACGCAUAUCCUAAUGGCCCCCCUUUUCAGUUUGAGAUCAUCCCAGAAAACACAAAAGGGAAAUGGAACAUGGAGCAUCUAAAUAACACUGCAGCUAUCUUGCGGUCUCAGGAGGCUUUUUGGCCUGGUGUUUAUGAAGUGGAAUUUGUGGUGAAGGAUCAGCAGGGACACGCCUGCCCUGAACCUCAGAGAAUGACGGUCCAAGUUUGCACCUGCGAGGAUGGAGUUGUGUGUGGAAAGCGAGGCAGCAAUGGUCAUGCUAGCAAAACAACAUCAUUAGGACCUGCGGCCAUUGGGCUAAUACUAGCGGGCCUACUACUGCUCUUAAUCAUUCCUCUGCUAUUGUUCUUCUGCCUAUGUGGAUCCGCUAAACAGUUUCCAGACCUCUUUAGUGACAUGCCUGACUGUGAGACCAAGUCACACCUUAUUAACUACUGCACCGAAGGGCCGGGAAAAAACACGGAAGUGCCUCUAGUGAAUUCACUCCAAGAAGUGGAUAGGAAUCCCCUCCUUGUGAUUACUGGCACAGUUAAAAAUGUAGCAGUGGCACCAGCGGGAAGUUUGGAUUACGAGGCAUCUCUCACUAACAUUAAUGGGAUGAAAUGGGGCACCUAUCAAGAUGGUUUUUCAACUGACUAUGGACAAGAAAUGGGGGGUUUCACUGAUUUCCAUUCUGAGUUUGAGACCAGAGAAUCAAGUCAAGGUGGACUUUUUGAUAGCAUGGCCCUGCCACAUUACUUCCUGGCACAGUAUUACUCUCAGAAGACAGCCAGUGGAGAUGACAACCUUGGCGUGAAGGAUGGUUUGUUGGUGUCUGAUUAUGAGGGCCAAGGGUCCUCUGCUGGCUCAGUAGGCUGCAGCAGCAUUUUGGAGUCAGACAAUGACCUUCAGUUUCUUGAUGACCUCGGACCAAAGUUCAAGACUCUCGCAGAGGUGUGCAGAGGCAAGACAAUGUCUUGUGAUGAGAAACAAGUGCUACCCCCUACCCCUAAUGCCUACAUCAAUACUCAAACCUCAGUAUCAAGUUCGAUGAGUGCACAAAAGCUCUCCCCUCCACCCAAACUGGAGCCUGCCAUCUCCAAAGUGGAGCAGAGUGUGGUCAUGAAGACAACUGAGCAUUCUGAAAUUGUAAAGGAAAGUACAGCCAAGGUGAAGGAAGAGAUGAACACAAUGAAAGCAGGGUUGGCAAAUCAAGGCCAGAUGCUCCUAAUGCAGCAGCAGCAGCCUGUGUACUACACCACCACUCCUGUGUUGCAGCCAAUGCAUUAUGUAGUCCAGCCACAGGUCCACAACACUGUGCUGCUGGCUGAGGCGCCAACCACCAACCUUCAAGGCAUGGUGCUGGUUAACAACCCACAGACUGGACCUGCCCAAGGAGUAUUCGUUCAAGGGCAGACACUAAUGUCCAGUGGACAAGCCCAGGGCCCUGGAAUGGUGCUGGUGGAGAAUGGUGACACCCAUAGUUGGAGUGAUGGCCUGAUCCAAGCUGGGAGCUUGUCUGGGUCCCAGACCAUGAUGGUUGUCAAAGGCAAGGCCCCUUCAGGGUCAAUGAAAGUGCUAAAGGGGAGCCAGGGUCUUCUUGUUCAGGGAAGUACUCUACUGUCAGAAGGGGUCUCAGGAUCUAAGAAAGUGCUGACAGUUGGCGUGCCAACUAUCAGCAACAAGCAGCUGGUUCAAGAGGGAGGUCUUUCAAAGAAGAGUGAGGUCUUUGGCUCUGAAAAGGUCAUCUACAGCAGGAGCAGCCAAUCUACUGCCUUAAAGGCAAAUCAGUAGAGCAUUCACUAUAGUGACCCACCUACUGGUUUUUAAGGUGACAAGAGAAAAUCAUUAAAUGGCAGAUGAAUUCCUGGACAACUGAUGGCCUUUUUUAGUUUCAAAAUAAUGUAUUAAUCUUGUGCUUUCAGUAUUUUCAUGGGAAGCCUGUAAGAGCAAAUGGUGGUGGUGAAGGGUGGUGGCGCGCGCAUGUGUGUGUCUGUGUGUGUGUGUGUGUGUGUGUAUGUGUGUGUGAUUGUGUGUGUGUGUGUGUGUGUGUGUGUGUGUCCUUGAAUUACUUACCUCUGCCACCUCUCCAAGGAACUCCCCACAUCACUGACUGUGUUACUUCUUAAUCCAUAACUGUAAGAGAGCCACAGGCGAGAUGGAGGAGACACACUUGCACGCAGGAAUUUUUUUCAUCCCACAUACAAUUUGUUUACAAAAUACCGAUACUAGUUUAGGUCUGGUUGGUAGUGAGGGCAACCAUAAUGAUUAAAUAAGUCCACAAACACAAACCACUGGGUUAAAGACCCAGAAUCAUCACACUUGUGCUUCAGCCAGCUACAUAAAGGCUUUGCUUUCUUGCCUCUUUUAUUAGUUCAUUUUAUUUCUGCUUUGCUAUAUCAAUGUUAUGUUGAUAUCCCAGUCUCAAUAAAUAUAUUCCUCAAUGCUUCCGCUUGCUUGUGAUGUUCCUACGAAUAUACCAGUAGUCAAUUGCUGUUGCUGUUAGAAGCACUGCAUUUAAAAAUAAAAUAAAAUGUUAAACAAAAAAAAAAAGCACUGUGUUUUUUGUGGGGUUGUCUCGGGAUGCAUCACGGUGCCUUGCCUGGGGUUAGUUUCUGUUCUUGGGAUGAAGGUUGUGCUUGCUCCCUUACCUUCUCAAGGUUGGCUUGGUUAACCUACUUGUGCAAGCUUUUCACAUGGACUUAACGGUUUGUGAGAUUUUUCCCCUUUAGAAAUGUCCCACAUAUUUUAUCUCAUUCCACUACAAGACACUUGUUUUUAAUCUAAAAAAAACAGUCAUAUUCAAAGUAAUCUCAAAUUAGACUCUCGCACUUUCUCCCAACUUUUCCUGACAUGAUGAUGCACUUGCUAUCUGCAGGCAUAAUGCAGCACAACAAGAAAAAAAAAGAAAGAAACUAGACUUCUCAUUAACCUUGAACUAUUGUUUGACGCACACAAAAACAAAGAACUAAAAAAAAUAACUAAGCAUGUUUUCUCGAUUAUUUUAGUUGAUUUUAAUUCGUUUUGGGAACGCUCAAUACAGUUUCAGUUAGUUUUCCUUUUUUCACAAACCCUUUUUUGUAUUUAUUUGAGUUAACGAAAGUGUUUAUUUAGUUCUAGUUAUUUUGUUGUUUUUCAUUAAUGAUAAUAACCUUACUAGUCAAAACUUGAAUCCUACAGUGCCACCUUGCCAGGUUAAAGACAUAUUAAAGCUUAAGCCCCCUCCCCAGAACAAACCAUUCAAGCAUCAAUCAACUAACAUUAAUCAAUAUUUUUAUCUAUUAUCAUGACAAAGAUAUUCUAUUUACUACUUCUAAUGAUUUUAUACAAAUAUAGAAGUUAGUUCACAAUGAUAAAAAUACCAAACAAAAGACUGACAAACUCCCCUCUGGUUUUUAACUACUUGGUAAGCUUUCAAAUCCACCCAAUAUAAAAAGACUUGGCACUUGGCACUUCGUGUUUGACGCUCUGUACCUCCAAGAUAGUGGCAACAUGGAGCAGAGCAGCCUUCCAACAUUCCAGUAGUGAUGGCAAUGUUGGAAGCGUUGAAGCUUUCCAUCCAAUUGGUUUGGGAAAAAUGUUCAUUUCUCAAUGAAUAUGUGAGAAAUGAACAUUUGUUUUUUGUGGUUCAUUCAUCGAGUUUAUUAUUUAUUUAUGUGUAAGUACAGCUAAUAGAAGUUUAUCAAUUUUUUUUAAAACCUUUUUAUUAAUGAUUGAUGUAUGAUUUAUAUAAAUCCAACUUGACAUUAGAUGUUUAUGUUAAAACUGUUAAACAAUUUUAUUUAUUUUUUUUAUUUUUUUUAAAGAUUGGACAUUGAUUGUGCUUAUGAAAAACAGUAAUGGUGACUAUUCAGGAUGCCUGGUUGCAUAGUCACUAAUGACCAAAAUAAACUUGUUUCCUGUG